AUGGAAAGCGAAGAUAAUUCCAGACCAGCUGAAGAGCAACUUGUUAAUAUUUCACAAAGCGACCAAAAUUCGGCUAAAGCAAUAGACACUCCAGCAGUUGAACAAAUAUUCCGUGAUUGGGAGAAAUUUGAUCUCUUUAUUUCUCUUUAUGCAAAAACUCAAAACUUUGUUAGUGUUAUACGUGGAUCUGAAUAUGAUAAGGGAGAAGAGGAUGACGAGACCACUUCGAAUUGCAGCUCUAGUAACAAAGAAAAUUUCAUAGAAAUUGAAGAUCCAGUAGUUCAUGCUAGAAGAGGUGCUCCAAAGAGAAAACGGUUUAAGGGGUUCCAUGAAUUAGAUGGUAAAAAAAAGCCUAGUGUCAAAAAACAUUCAAAUGCACAAAAGUCUAGGAAGCCAACUCAAUGCCAACAGUGUCAGAAUACCGGUCAUAACAAAGCUGGUUGUGAAGCGUGGUACAAACGACAAGGUGUCCCUUAUUCAUAUUGA